GUGACAUAGAGAGAUUUACAGCUGUUUGAAUACCCUCUAUGAUGUAGCCAAAGGACACAGUACCAUCUCACCUGUUCUGUUGUUGGAAGAUGGCCACUGCAGCAGAGGACCCCCACCUGGGCUCAGGCCCCGAUGAGGACGACGUGUCUCUGUCAGGGGGCGAGUCCGAUUCGGACAGCAUCCUCUCUGAUGACUCAGUGCUUCCAGACUACGGGCCGGAGACGACUAAUGGGCGUGCAGCAUCAACACUGUAUCAAGCAUGCGCCCGUAACGAACCUUUCUCUCUGCGUAAAGUUCUGGAGAGAGGGGUCACAAAAGAAGAGGUCAUGGAGCUGGACAUCAACAGCUGGAAUGGCUUGAUGGUGGCCUGCUGCAAAGGUUUCGUGGACAUUGUAUAUGGGCUUCACAACUGUCCCUUUAUAGACAUAAACCACCAGGACAACGAAGGCAACACUGCACUGAUGAUUGCAGCCCAAGCAGGUCAUAUCAACACAGUCAUGUAUCUCCUAAACUACUAUUCUGGUAUAGACACGGAAAUAAAGGAUUGUCGUGGUUUCACGGCCCUCAUCAAAGCUGCUAUGACCGGCCGCAAUGACGUCGUGGCUGCCCUCGUAAUGGCUGGGGCUGACAUUAAUGCAGUAGACUCUACAAAAGGAAAAUGUGCUCGGGACUGGGCACUGAAAACAGGUCGUUAUGAGACCUUGCAUCGCCUCCGCCGCCUGAAUAUGCGACCGAAAGCUGAGCAGUUCUGUGAGAGUUAUGUCCCUGAGUGGCCUGAGCUCAAGGAGAAGGUAGCCAAGGCCAUAGCUGAGAAAAGCGCAAGGGAAAAACUUACCCAGCAUAUAAAAAAUACCUUUGGAUUCAGAAUUCCUCGUGACCCACAAGACAACGGGGUCUUUGACCACAUGGUGCGCAUGACCACAAGCAUCCAUAGUCCACUAAUUUCAACUGGAUGCCGUCCACUCUGCCCAACAAGCCCUCCAGAGGUGGGGAAGAGGCGGCUGGCUGUACCGGAGCUGGUGAAGAAACACUCAGAUAAGGAGCUAGAAGAGAGCUCGGUAUGCCACAGCAACGGCUCCGUGUCACACAUCAUUCCCACAAUCCACUCUGCAGAGUCCAUUGCUACCAGGUGCUGCACCGACACAGAGCGGCGAGGAAGCAUCCUCUCACUGGCCUCCACCAAAGUCGCUACUACAUUUAUUCCCCGCAGUAUGGCGAGAAGGAACAGCGUGUUCCCCUCUGGCUGCAUCCCCCAGAUCAACAUCAGCAGGCCUACAGAGGCAACGCCAAAGAAAGAAAAGAAGAAAAAGAAGAAGAAGGAAAAGGGAUUCCUGGAACCACCCAAGUGGAAGUACAAGGAGAUCAAGGAUGAGAAAAAGAGGGAAAAGAAAAAGGCUGAGAAAGAUAAAGCAGAGAAAGAAAAGGAGAAAAAAAAGGAAAAAGAAAGCAAGACGGCAAAAAAAUAG